CCCUGAGGCAGGAACUUGGGAAGGGAGUCGGGGCUCUCUACCGGGUUGGGAGGGGCUUGUUUCUGAGACCCGGCGUCCCCGUCCCCUGAGGAGAUGGAUGAGGAUGGGCUUCCUCUCAUGGGCUCAGGCAUAGACCUGACCAAGGUGCCAGCUAUUCAGCAGAAAAGAACCGUGGCCUUUCUCAACCAGUUUGUGGUACACACGGUGCAGUUUCUCAACCGGUUUUCCACAGUCUGUGAGGAGAAACUGGCAGACCUUUCUCUUCGAAUUCAACAAAUCGAAACAACUCUCAACAUUUUAGAUGCGAAGCUGUCGUCUAUCCCAGGCCUCGAGGACGUCACGGUUGAGGUGUCUCCUGCAAGUGUCACUGCCGUCCCAAGCGGGUCACAUUCUGAGAGCCCUUCAGAGCAGCCGCAGCAGGACAGCGCACAGGACUCCAGACCACAGGAAAGUGAAGUUCCAUCAGAAAAUGUCGUAACUGUAGCCAGGGAUCCACGCUAUGCCAGAUACCUCAAGAUGGUUCAAGUGGGGGUUCCAGUGAUGGCAAUCAGAAACAAAAUGAUAUCCGAAGGGCUGGAUCCAGACCUGCUGGAGAAGCCAGAUGCUCCGGUGCCCAAUGGUGCAACUGAAAAAGCCAUAGAAGAAAGUUCAGACAGUGACUCUUCUUUCAGCGACUGAGUUGAACUGUGGAUGAGGAUCACAAAAAUGUGUGAAUGUUUAUAGUCUGUGGAAGAGUCUGAACGCUGUGCUUAGUGACUGUGUCAUCCAGUGGCCACACACCUACCCCAGCCUUCUUCUGUUAAAAAAAUAAAGCGUUUAUAAGCUUCCAGUAUUUUUUGUUAACCAAAUAAAAUGCUCUAAUUAAAACCAGAAAGACCUAAAUUGCUACGAGUGCUACAAACACUAAGGUGAUUUAAUAAACAUUCUAAGAGGGAGUUGGUUAGAACUGAGGUCCCGAGGCAAUUUCUAGAGCCCAUCGGGGAAAGAGUGGCUUGCAAGGACAGUAGCUGCCCCUGCGCUUCUGGGAUGCGCUUUUCUAUGAGAAAACGAGCUUCCCAAGCCGUGAAGAUGAUCGUGAAACUGUAGCCGGAAUGAAAUACCUGGAUAAGUGUUGCUGUGAGUAAAUAAGAGCUCAGAACUAUUCACUACAGGUGUUAGUGGAGCCAGAAGUAGAAAUGAGGGAUGCAAUACACGGGGCAGAUAAAGACGUUUGACUCGGGGUGCCCUGGACUGCCCAGAUCUGCCCGAAUUCCGUGUUGUCUGCUCUCAUCUCCAAGACUUCAAAGAGGAUAUCGAGCCGUGAAAGACCACCCGAGAAGAUCGGUGAGACAAGACAUCGUUUCUGUCAUCACAGCUGAACCCAAGCUGACAGGCGUUGUAGAAGAACGACUCCCAACCACAGGGAUCCUGAAGAAACUGAAGCUAUCGUGUGCAGAACUAGUGUAUAUUUGCCAAAAUCCAUAGAACUGCCCAGCAGAGCAGAUCUCAAUAUAAUCUGUAGGUUAGUUAAAAAUAAUACAUUAAUAUUGGUUUAUUAAUUUAACAAAUGUAUCACUAAAGCAAGAUCUUAAAAAUAUGGGAAGCUGUGAUGAGGCAUGAGGUGAAUUUAUAGGUCUGUGUAUACUAACUCUAUACAUUUUAGAUGGUGCUAAAAUAAAAUCUAUUGGUUAACAAUU